GCUAGCACACAAAGAACAAACCAGCAACCUCUGCGGCGUCAAUGCAUGGUGGUGAUGUCACCAGUUUUUCUUUCCCAGUCUUUUCAUUGUGCUGUUUCAUAUGUGUGCGCGUAUAGGAUGUUGCUCAGCUAGAAGUAAAUAGCAGUGCAACAUGACAGACUUUCCAGAUUUGAAGGAGCUGGAAAAUAAAGUUGGCCGGAAAACACCAGAAAAUCUUAUACUUUGGAUGAGGAAUGCUGCCGACUCACAAGAUGUGGAGAUAGAGCAUCAAAACUGCAUACUCAGUGAUUCUUUUGCCAACAAAUUGAGCAACCUUAAGCAAGAGAUGAAGUGGAUGCGCUCUGCGGAUGUGAGGAUUCUACGCCAGCUGGUUGCUGUGCACGAGGGCCUCGAGUAUAUGCGUUGGCUCAUGAUGGAGUGGAGUAUCUUGGCCGGUCGUGACAGCAGCCUGACAGGAAGUCUAAGCAGCUUGGUGACAGUUGAGGAGGGUGCACGUUCACUAACUCCAUGCAGGUGCAGUGUUAGGGGGGAGACAAUGGAGAAAAUACAUUUGACGUACCCUGAGGAUUUGCCUGAUACCUUUAGUCAAGAAUCAUCAGGUCAUUCACCGCACAAUGACAGUGACCAUUCACAUCAAAAUAGCUGUGUUGAAAUGUCAAGCCAAGAGUUCAGCCCAUCCACAAACUGUUUUGUUGAGAACGACUUCCAAGAGUCAGAACCCCAGGACUCAGAAGCUCACUCUCCACAGGAACUAGAAGUGGGCGCUGGCCCCAAUAAAGAAGUGAAUGAAAGCUCGCAAGAGACAAAGCAACAAAGCCACAACAGCAUAAGAGAAGAGGAUGAAAAGAUGGCUGUAGUUUUGUUUGGGUAUGAUGCUCAAUGGUGCUGGAUAGAGUCACAAGAUGACGUGAUGUUUUUGUGAUCUGCAAUUUGCGCAACACAAAAUACAUGUCCAUAACGUGAGACACUGUUUUUCCUAAUGAAAAGUCCAACAUGUAUUGCAGUAAGUAAAUUUAAAUAGUAAAUGCAUUCAGGUUUUAUUGCAGUAAGUUUUUAUAUAUUUUUUUACAAGUUGUUUGAUGAUCUUCGCAAAUAUUGCAAAUUACAAUACUUGAUUUAUUCUAUCAUGAAGUUUAGAUUUGUAGAAAAAUUGAGUAGGCUGCCUAUUCUCGCAUUUCAAUAUGCUUUUGGUUUUUGCUAUACAGUAUAAUCUGAAUGUACUACCUACUAUAUGCAGGUGCUUUUUUCAUCUUGAGGUUGCUUUCUUAAUGUUAAAUAUACUACUAUCAAAGAUAUUUGUCUUAUUUCUUU